AAAGUAUUGUACAGCACGCUCAACUUGAACGAACAGAAAUCGGUAGCAACCAUUGCAAAAUUACAUCCUUUUCGACAAUCAACAUUCGUCUAGCGGUACAGCUCGAAGUGCAUCAAGCGGCGGAGGGGGAAAAAGAAAAACUACAAAUCAGACAAUUGCAUUUUGUGACCGUUGGUCUAUCGAAAUAUUGUCAAAAGAUGUCUUCCGUUACCCCUCACAUCGGCCAAAGAAGGUCCUACGACGGCGCCCUGUGCACCGUCCGGUUUAUUGGUGAGCUCGAGGGCACCACUGGCUCAUGGCUUGGAGUUGAAUGGGAUGAUCCGACACGCGGCAAACACGCUGGCCAGCACAAGGGCAUCCGAUAUUUUACAUGCAAAUCCAAGUCAGCGACAGCAGCGUCUUUCAUCCGUCCAACUAGACCGGCAGAUGCACCCCAGACCUUUCUCUCUGCACUCCAGCUCAAGUAUGCAUCUGACGUGCCUUCUGAGAAUGGGCCCAUGCUGCCUGAGAAGCAAAUCGUUGUCGGUGGCAAGGUUGCCGAGGAGGUCGGCUUUGACAAGAUUCGCCGCAAGCAGGCCCAGUUGAGCGAACUGAAGAUUGUCAUCCUUGAUGGGUCAUGCAUCACCUCUGCAUAUUCACACGACACAGACCGGGAAGACCAUCAGACCAUCCGCCAGACUUGUCCCAAGGUCGUCGAGCUGGAUAUCAGCCGUAACUUGUUCACCGACUUCGGUACUGUGGUGGAUAUCUGCUCCGAGUUGGAUUCUUUGCACAGUUUAAGAGCCAACGGAAAUCGUUUCCAAAACGUCAUCGAAGACGACAAGCUCAAUGGACCGCAUAAAGCCUUCAAGGGCGUCAAGGAGCUCGAACUCGGAGAAACCCUCUUGAGUUGGUCUGAAAUAUGUCAUGUUGCCUCCAAGUUACCUUCCUUGACUCUUCUCGAAAUCGGCACAAACCAGCUGUCUAGUCUCGCACCCAUCCCGCCAGCAGUAUCCUUCACAUCAACACUAGUGUCUCUGAACCUGGAGUUCAACGAGUUUACAUCACUGGAAGACAUUGCUGCUCUUACGAGUAUACGUACCCUUCGAAAUCUGCAUCUGAAGGGUAACUUGAUAUCCACCAUCAUGUCCUCUCCUUCCAAGGAGGUACCGGUUUUUGGCAAAAGCCUUCAAUAUCUUGAUAUGUCGUACAACAAGGUCAGCGAUUGGUCAUUCGUUGACGCUCUUCUCGACGUGUUCCCCGGAUUGACUUCCUUGCGAUUCUCCCACAAUCCAAUUUACGAGAAUCCGGGACUCGAGGAUGGAGCUGUUUUGGAAACAGACAGCUCGAAGAAGGGCACCGCCGCCAGUGAUGAAGCAUUCAUGCUGAUGGUCGCGCGCCUCCCGUCUAUCAGGACGCUCAACUUCAGCAAUAUCACUGCCGCGGACCGUACCAACGCUGAAAUGUACUACCUUUCUCGCAUAGCUCGACAGUUGUCAACCACCGCGGAGGCAGAAGAAGCCCAAGUGCUGGCACGUCAUCGACGCUGGGCUGAGCUAUGUGACCUCUACGGCGAGCCAGCAGUAUCCCGUCAACAGGACAUCAACCCGAAUUACCUUGAAGCAAGGCUGAUUACUGUCCACUUUUACCUAGCCGAGCUGGCGUCCAGUGAGUCAGGCGUCAAUACAUCAACGGAAGAGAGGAUCGUGCAGAUACCCAAAUCUUUUGACAUUUAUGCAGUCAAGGGAAUUGCGGGGAGAAUGUUUGGUUUGCCGCCUCUGAAGCUACGACUGGUGUGGGAGACUGGCGAAUGGGACCCAGUUGGUGGGUUCGACGAUCACGAUGGUGACAGUAGUGAAGACGAGGAGAUAGAGGCAGAGAGAGAGCGCAGACAGGAUGAUGCCGCCUCUCUCGCAGGCACAUCUAUAGCCGGAAAGAAAGGUGGAAGAUUUGUGAGGCGCGAAGUUGAGCUGAAGGAUGGUCCUCGCCAAUUUGGUUACUGCGUGGAUGGCCUUGAGGCUAAACUCAGGGUCGAACUGCGCUGAAGAUAACGCGAAAGCAAUGCCCUCAUGUUAGACAAUCGGCAUUUGUGUAAUCCCAGUCACCAACCG